AUGGCCUCCGAGCGCUCGUCCGCUGAGAGUCGCUCCUCGCACCUGAGCUCUGACCCCAGCAUCAUCGGCACCGACGCCGCGGCCAACAGCAUGUGGGAGGAGAGCUUCGACACAGAGAAUCACGGCGCAGCGAUGGCCAGUCGGGUCACUUGUCGGGUUUUGGCCAUGGAUCUCAGGGGUCACGGCGUAACUCAAGUCCGGCACGCCGAUGACCUUUCCACGCAAACCAUGUCCAGAGACGUAGCCAAUGUGGUGCGAGCGACGUACGGCGAGAUCCCGCCCCCCAUCAUCCUGGUGGGUCACAAUGUGGGCGGAGCCAUCGCGGUGCACGCGGCGGGUGGUGCCCUGCUGCCCUCUGUGGUCGGGCUGGUGGCCAUCGACGUGGUGGAGGGUGAGAAACACUGCGUCAUCUGUCAUAAACCAGCAUCACGUAAUCGAUGUGCAUGUGUGCUUCAGCCGUGCAGUGUGUACAGCUGGAGAAUCGACCUGUCUAAAGCAGAGAAAUACUGGGAUGGCUGGUUCAGAGGGAUAUCGAACCUCUUUCUGUCCUGCAACGUCCCAAAACUCCUACUGCUGGCAGGCAUUGAUCGACUGGACAGAGACCUGACCAUUGGACAGAUGCAGGGUAAAUUCAUGAUGCAGGUGCUGCCCCCUUGUGGACACGCAGUGCAUGAGGACAUCCCAGAUAAAGUGGCAGAUGCUUUGGCAAGUUUUAUGAUCAGACACAAAUUUGCCGAAGCACGCAGUGAAACUAAAAGUUCCUCGUACCCGUUCAUGCGGUGAAAACACGAGAAUAAAGCAGAACAGGCCUGAAACCUCCACCAGAUCAAAACAUCCUUCACAUCCAGCAAAAACAUGCUACUUUUGCCAUUAAUCCAGGAACUGUUUCAACUGUCACUAUCCUGAGUUUAGAAUAAAGAUUUGAAUGUUCAUUAUUCAACUGUGUCGGAAUUUUUAGUUUAACUGACAGGAAACAUUCAAAUAUUUAAAUGAGACGGAAUUAUGUGACACUGUGUAAAUGAGAUGAUGUUUAG